UAAGCGAAACCCGGAAGCGACCGCCGAGACAGAUUGGUUUUAAUUCCGCUAUGCCCGCCUAUUUACCCCCUAACCUCUCCGUGAUUGGUCCAAAAUCCCUGCUCGAUCCCUCCUAUUGGUCACUCACUUGUCGUUGACCUGUUUCGCCAUUGGCCGGUGUAGCGUGAGAGCUCUCCCUCGGUCGUCCAGCUUUUGUGCCGCUGUCUGGGUAACAGCGCGGGGUCGUGGACGGUGGGAGGAGGGAGACGAAGCGAAGAAAGGACAGACAGGGAUGGAAGCUGGGGGGAAAGCACUACUGAAAAGGCGGCGAGGGCUUAACAGAGAAAGGCGCGACGAAGGACGACUACAGCCGGCUAGCGAGGUGGCGUACGAGCGUACCUACUUGCCAACGGGACACGAAACGAAGACACUCCAAAGAUGAGAAGUGGGAUUUUUAUGCGAGUUUACCAGCAUUGAAGCAAGCAGAGGACGCAGAGGAGCCAUGUCCACCGCCGUAUCUCACCAACUACCAGAGCAGGACAAGGAGGUGGAGGAGGAGGAAGAGGAUGAGGAGCAAGGCGAGGAGUUUGUUUUUGACGACAGCGAGGACGAAGAGAAGCCUCCGGGGGAUGACCGAGACUUGCUUCAAUUGUCAAAGCCGGAAGUCCCAAAGAUGUGCGAGGACUCUUCGCGGGCUGUCAAAGACGUCACGCCGCAGGAAGGAAGCGCCAACAAGGAUGAUGUUCCAGUUGCUGAUUCAGCCACUGGGGUCCCCGCAGCAGCCCAGCUAAUAACAGCGGACGCUGAUCCAGGAGCCAGCGAGGCGGAAACAGCCAAGGAAAGCUCCGGGGACGUUCCGGAAGCAUCUCUUGAAAUUGAAGCCGACGUCAUCUACGACGACGUCCCGAGUGAGGAGCCCAUCUCACCUGAUGAAGACACGCUCUACGAGGAUGUCCAGCGGGACUCCUGCGGCCCAUCCGUUGCGGGCAACGGGUGGAGCUCCAGCGAAUUUGAGAGCUACGACGAGCAGUCGGAUGGAGAGAGCAAAGUUCCCACUCGCAGCAAGCUGUCCCCUGAAGUGCGACGGCUGAGGGAACGCUGCGCCAGGACCAAGCGUGAGCUGGCUAUGAAGCUGUCUGGCAAGCACAACUAUGACAUCAAGGUGCAGCAGCUCAUGAAGGCAGCUAGAAGCAACACCAAGGAUGGGCUUGAAAAGACCAGAAUGGCCGUCAUGCGCAAAGUCUCCUUCCUUCACCGGAAAGACACUAUUGAGGAGGAGGACGACGCGGGCUACCUGGACGUGGCGAUAUCAGACGUGACGCAUCCGCCGCCGCAAUUGAGCGCCAUGCCGGAGGGCCUGACCAGCCACCAGGUUGUCCGGCGUCACAUCCUCGGAUCCAUCAUUCAGAGCGAGCGUAGCUACCUGGAGUCCUUGCGGAGGAUUCUGCAGGAAUACCACAAACCUCUGCUGGAGGCCGACCCACGCAUUUUGAGUCCGCGCAAGAUCCGGCCCAUCUUUUACCGAGUCCGGGAGAUUACGCAUUGCCAUUCCAUGUUCCAGAUUGCGCUGGCGUCCCGAGUGGCCGAAUGGGACAGCUGCGAGAAAAUCGGAGACUUGUUCGUGGCCUCGUUCUCCAAGUCCAUGGUGCUGGACGUGUACAGCGACUACGUGAACAACUUCACCAAUGCCAUGGCGCUCAUUAAAAAAGCCUGUCUGUCCAAGCCGGCCUUUCUGGAAUUCCUAAAGAAGAAACAGGCUUCCAGCACGGACCGCAUCACUCUCUACGGCCUAAUGGUGAAGCCCGUCCAGCGAUUCCCACAGUUCAUAUUGCUCCUGCAGGACAUGCUUAAGAACACACCUAAAGGCCACGUGGACCGCCUGCCCCUGCAGCUCGCCCUCACCGAACUGGAGACGCUGGCCGAGAAGCUCAACGAGCAGAAGCGAGUCGCCGACCAGAUCGCCGAGACCCAGCAGCUCGCUCGCAGCGUUAGCGAUCGCCUGCUCAGUAAGCAACUGAACCUGGAGCAGGGCGCUCUGGUCCAAUGCGAGACGCUCAUCGAGACCGUGUACGGCGAGCGGGGACAAGUCCUCAAGUCCAAAGAGCGCAAGGUCUUCCUCUUCGACGACGUCUUAAUCUGCGCCAACAUAAAUGUCAAGGGCUCUCCAGACAUCAGCAGCUUAGUCCCGGUGGGGCCCAAGUACACCAUGAAGUGGAGCGCCCCCUUGCAGCAGGUGCAGGUUGUGGAAGUGGGUCAGGAGACAUCCCAGAGCAAGGACGCCGUCUUCCCGCAGAAUGCUAGCAAGCGGCAAAACGCCGCCCACACUUCAGGUAAAUCCCUUCUGGGUCCUCCAAGGCUCUACCAAGAACUGCAGGAACUCCAGCAUGACCUCGGUGUGGUGGAGGACGUGACGCUACUGGUGGGCACCCUAGAAGGGACGUACCAGAACCUGAACACCACAGUGGCCCAGGACUGGUGUCUGGCACUGCAGAGGCUCAUUCGUAUCAAAGAGGAGCAGAUCCAGAGCGCCAACAAAUGCCGCUUGCGCCUGCAGGUGCCCGGAAGGCCAGACAAGUCCGGUCGUCCCGUCAGCUUCAUGGUGGUCUUCAACACUCCAAACCCCCUUAGCAAGAUCUCCUGGGUCAACCGGUUGCACUUGGCCAAGAUUGCGCAACGCGAGGAAAACUCCCCCGGCUGGCUGUCCGGCGAGCACGAGGGCAAGCCGACGGCCCCUUUUUGGGGUCCGCUGCUUGUCUGUCACAUGCCCGUUUUUGCGACCAAGUCCCCUGAGAGAAAGCUUGAAGCCGCCAUCCACAAUCCUGUUCACUGUGCGAUGUUAGGCUUCUCGGCAGCCAGCACAUCCUUACCUCAAGGCUUCCUCUGGGUGGCGGCCGGCGCGGAAGAUCAGGGCCAGAUCGAGAUAUUCUCCCUCAACAGACCUGUGCCGAGAGCUGUGAAGAGCCUGCAAGUGGGCUCCGCCGUCCGCUGUCUGGAAUACGUGCCAGAGGUUUCUCCCGCCGAGGAGACGGAGGACGGCGCUCACAAGCUCCAGCCGGGGAACAGCACCGGCGUCUGUGUCGGUUUAGAUGACGGACGAAUUCUGGUGUACGGCAGCGUGGACGCUACGGCUCAGUGCCUCUUGACCCUUAGUAACCCCCAGGGCUGCCCUGUUCUGUGCCUGAAACACUCGCCUUGCUUCCUGUUUGCCGGUUUGCACGACGGUACCUUGAUGGUUUAUGGGAGGAAAAACGGAGAUGAUCCCUGGGACCCGGAUUCUGGCAGAAGCGUGAGCUUGGGUUCAGAUCCGGUACGGACCCUUUUGGUGCUCGACGACUCGGUGUGGGCAAGUUGCGGAAAUUCGGUCACGGUGGUUGACAUCUGCAGCCUCAGCACUCAGAAAGUGGAGGUUCACCCUGACCCGACGGUGAGCGUGGCGCACGUAGCUCACGCCGGCGGCGGGGUGUGGAUGGCGUUCUCGGAGGGUUCAUCCAUUCGUCUCUUUCACACCGAGACGCUGGAACUGCUGCAGGAGAUAAACAUCUCGACGCGCUCUACUCUGCUCAACACCGUUCCAGAAAGCAUGCGAGUUACCAGCCUGCUCAUCUGUCAAGGACUAUUGUGGGUCGGCACCGCCCAAGGCUUCAUUGUCACUCUUCCUGUUCCCAAACUGGAGGGCAUACCAAAAAUAACAGGUAAAGGCAGAGUCUCCCUGAAUGCCCACUGCGGACCGGUGGACUUCCUGACGUCCAUCACCAGCACUUUGUCCCCGAACCUCCUGAAGAGGGACUCGGUAGCUGACGGGCCGGACUCUGCGUGCGGGGGCGAGGAUCCCAGUGACGCGUCCUCCCAGGAAUCCCUGCAGCAGCCGGGUGAGGGCCGCGCGCGGGGCCGCGGUGUCCUGCUAAGGUACAAGCUCCGCUCCACAUCUGGACUGCCCGGGCGCCCGCUGACGGCUGACGAAGCGUCCGACUCGUCGCUGGAGUCCCUAGAGCACAGCGUUGAGGACGGCUCUAUCUACGAGCUCAGCGACGACCCCGAGACGUGGGUGCGGGGGCGCCCCUCAGAGAAGGACGGCAGGGGCAGGGAUGGGGUGGUCUCGGCCGCCGUGGUCUCUGGAGGGCGGGGCUUCCGGAGGCUCCGAGAAGGUGCUCCCGCGGCUGCUCGGACUGGCGGGGAUUCCUUAGAGAACAUUCUUAUGGUUUGGCAAUUGCCUUUGACUGUUUAAUUUAUAACAACAUACUUAACUUCUAGUGAAAUUACAUAGCAUUCCAGAUGAAUAGUAUGUUUACUCAUCUUGGCAGAAAGAUGUGAUCAUAAGGGAAGCACUUUGCCUUGUUUUUAGCGUUGUUGCCAUUGCCCAGCCUCAGAAUAACAACUGAAUUUUCCCACAUAUCACAAAACAUUCUUAUUCAUAGAAACAAGUCAUUACAGAGUAACAACAAUUUCCCAAACAGGCAAAUUGCACAAAAACUGGUAUUUACCAAACAGUCGAUUAGCCGACAAUUUUUAAAAAACUCAGUCUUUACAGUUUGUGGUUGCUGAUUUCAAAUCUGUUAUUAGUUUUUAUUUCCUGUAUGCUUUACUUUUCCUGCAAUUGGCAUUUUUGUUAUUCUUAUAUAGUGGUACCUUAAGAUAAGAAAGCUUCGGUGCAAGAAAAAUUCAUUUUACGAAAAGUUUUUCGAAGCUUUUCGCUCAAUAUUCCGAAGAAUUGUUCAUCAAACAAAAGAUAAUACGCACUCUAAUAGAUUAUUCCCACUCGCAACAAUCCAAUGAUGUAACUAUGUUUGACUAUAAAUGUAAACAAAUAAUUAAAUAUACCGUAAUUUUUGGACUUUUUCCCUUCAUUUUGAAUCCUGCUAUUUAUAGUCCAGUGCAGCUUAUUUGUUGAUUUAUUUGGGUUAAUAGGUAACUUUUUUUAAAGCAGUGUCAUAAGACUGUCAUAAGACCGUCAUAACUAUGACAUGACACUAUCAUCGGUAUUACUGAAUGCUUAUGUCAUUAACUUAUUUCACUAAAUCCAUUUAUGUCUACUUUGAAUAUUUUACAUCCAUUUAAAAGUGACACAAUUUGCCAGAUAACACUAAAUAACAUCUGUUAUAAACCUUGCUUAAUGCUCAUGACAGUGUCAUGUCAUAGUUAUGAUUGUCUAAUGACAGUCUAAUGGCGUCACUGUCAAAUAAAGAGUUUAACAAAUACCAUAACUAGCAAUUAAUGAAACAACUGGAACAGUAACUGAAGAAAUAUUAAGUACAGAACAUGUAUUUUGAUUGUUUUGAUUUGAUUGAUCUGUAGCGCUGCAAUGCAUGCUAGGAGGCAUGUAAGACGACAACAGUUUUGACAGCAGGUGGCAGCAGAGGUUCACUGUCCCCCCCAAGGGAGCAGUGAAGGCCAAAUGAAGCUUCUUGAAGCAAUGAAGCUUUGUAGCCAAUUGGUUCAAAGCUUCAUGGUGGUUCAUUUGGUCUUAUGGUAGUCUUAUGAUGUUGCUGUCAAAUAAAUGGUUACCGGUUCAUAUCUUUUGGUAUGAAUACCCGAUAAUACAGUGAGGGCAGCUGCGGCUUACCAUCCAGUGAGGCCGUUUUUGUGCCAAAUUUGGUGGGUGGCGGUUUAAGUUCAGGUGCGCCUUAUAGUGCGAAAGUUAUGGUACACACCACAAUGUCCUACACUAUGCUCAUGUAUAUGAAAACAACAUGAAGCAAACAGCAAGAUGAAAUAACAAGCAACGGCUACCAAAGUUAGCUCGUCUUUUAGCACUCUUUGUUUGCUAUGAGCUCCAGUCGUCAUGUGAUAACGUCUGUAGAAGAGCUGGAACCUAACAAAUUAGAUCAGGGGUCUCCAAACCGGUCCUCGAGGGCCGUUGUGGGUCAUGGUUUUUGUUCAUACUGACCAAGCACAGACCUUUUAACCAAUGUGGUUUCUACUAAAACAAGCAGCACCUGACUGCAAUCAACUGAUUACACUUAUAAAACACCAGAUUGGUGAAAAGGUUUGGUCUUGUUUUGUUGGAGUAAACCCUGCACCCACUGCAGCCCUAUGUGGAAUAUUUUGGAGACCACUGAAUUAGAUACACUUAAGCACCACUAGGGGGGUACAACAGACAGGCAAUCAAAGGACAUGGCGAUAAAUUUAAUGUGAUGUUUAAGUAGAGCUUGGAACGAAUUAGGCGAUUAAAAAAACAUGAUACGAAAGCCACUCCGGAACAAACUACUUUCUUAUCUUAAGAUUUCACUGUGUUAGUGUUAUUUAAUGCAGAUUCGUCAUAUUUUCACCGAGAACUAAAUCAACUUUUCAGUCCUUUGCAUAGUUACCGUACUGGCCCAAAUAUAAGACGGUGUUUUUUGCAUUGAAAUAAGACUGAAAAAGAGGGGGUCGUCUUAUAUUCGCGGUCUAGACAUUAUACCCAUUCAUGACGCUAGAUGGCGCCAGAUAUCAUUGACGCGAUGUUCUGUCAUGACAGAUCUCAGCUACUCUCAAGUUUAACCAGUUUGCAUUAUUUUAUUGCUAUGUUUUUCCUUAUUCAGAUUAGUUUCAAGAUUACAGUUACAGUUACACUUCACUUUGAUAGUUAAUGCAGAUAUUACAAUUUUGUUGUUUUAUCACAAUAGAUUGGUUUAUUUACAUAUCAAAAACCAGGAACCAUUCAUUUACGAAAGUGAUUGCACAUUAGUUUACAUAUUUAAAUGUUCAGAUAUUAAGAUUUGAAUGAGGCAAAAUAACAUGAUUUUUCUUUCAAAUAUAUUGUCAUAAUCAUAUGUUUCAGUUGUACUGUAAUUAUUUUCUGUAUAAAAAUUAAUUUGGUGUUCAAAAAGUCUUUUUUCAAACUUGAGUCUUGAGUCGUCUUAUAUUCGGGCCAAUACGGUAUAUAUUUUUGAAUUGUUUUCAACAUUAGCUUUUCACCGUUGACUAAUUUUAACAUAUCGUCACAAUGUCCUUAUUGUUGGUCUCCCGUAUCUGCAGUUUGUCUAAAACAUAGCGUAACGUGUUACUUUGUAAGUGACAUUAUAUCAACAGGUAAAAAUGCUCAAAAAUCAACAGGAAUAUAGUUAUACCAACUAUCUCAGCAAAGCUAGCAUUGCAAUUUAUCCCAAAAUUGCAUUUUUUAGUUUUGCAACAUAAUGCUUUUUGGGUGUUUUUUAAGUGCCAGCUAUAUACCCACCACUUUGUUAUAGUAUUGCUGUGCAAUAAUUUUGCAUUGCACAACAAAAAUUGAAAUCUUGAUUUGCACAAAAGGUCAGAUUUGAAUUCAGCACCACCCAAAUUACGUCAGAACAACUGCAGGUAGUCCCCAGGUUACUACGUACUCGACUUACGCAAUUUCGACUUUUCGACGCCGGAGUCUCGUCCGCCUUUUGUCUCUGGUCUUUUUAAUUUUUUUAGUCACACAAACUACCUAAUUUAAACUUUACUUCCUUCGCUUUGACAAUUUGUAAAGCUAUAACACAAAUAUGUACACGUCUGUUCGAAACGACACACAUUUUAACAAUAACACACACGACACAAAACAAUUGGUGUUCAAACGUCCUUCUAGCUGCUCUGCCCCCCCCCGGCUUUGGAAUUCACCACUACCCGACCUCAGGAACACCGACUCACUCCCCCUUUUUCAAUCCAAACUCAAAACUCACCUGUUCAGACUAGUGCUGCAACGAUUAAUCGAUUAACUCAAGUAUUCAAUGAGGACAAAAAAAAAUUUAUAUUCAAUUUUGCCGCUUCGAGUAUUCGUUUAUUUAAAGUAACGUUGUAAUGGUUUAUUUUGAAAGUGUUUGCAUUUCGUCUUAUUGAUUUGGGUGGAUUUACUGCCUUCUAGUAUGCCUCAAUUCACAUGGCUGAAUCUAGGUGCUCCCUGUUAAGACCAACAUAAGCUAAUUUUUGUUUGAGCUAAUAUUUUUUUUUAAUUCAUUCGUAAUUUAGUUAAUAGGUAUGUUUAGAAUAUUUUUGUGGGAAUAUGUGUUUCAACCAUUUAGAGCAUUGUAAAAAAAUUAGCGGACUUUUGCGAUGUAAGUUACCCAAUUGUUCUUUUGUUGUACAUAGAUCCUCAUUUAUUUAUUUUUUUAAUACCGUUUGAGGCUCAGCUCAGGUAAUUUAAUUAUUCAUUUUCCUUAUCCAAUUACUCGAUUAUUCGAAUUAGUGGUUUAUCCAUUAAUCGACUACUAAAAUAAUCGAUAGCUGCAGCCCUAGUUCAGACUCGCAUAUCCAUAAUAAACCCUGAUUUCUUUGUGUUUUACUGUUCUGCUAAUUAUUUUCAUCGAUUAGUAUUUUUUUUCGUUUUAAAUGUUCUAUACUAAAUUGUUUUUAAUGUUUUUAGUCUUUCAUUUUUCUGAUUGUUUUUUUAAAUGAUUGUAUGGUGACCUUGAGUGCCAGAAAGGCGCCGUCAAAUAACAUGUAUAAUUAUUAUUAUUAUUAAAUUCAGUAGAUUAAAUUAGCCUAAUUUGCUUCACAAAAGUCUGCUAGCUUAAAUGCUAAUGCUAACGUAUUUACAAUUCUAGUAGCAAAUCGCUCUCAUGUCAUUCCACAAACAGUAGCUCUAAACUUAAUUACAAAUGAACGCACAAACAUAUAUUAGCUAAAACAACUUACAGCCUAAAGUGGGCCAAACCAGAGCGUAGCUAUCCUUUCAUCCAUGUGAGACGUCUGAGUGGUCCUGUAAGGAAGCAUUAUUGAACGUCCAGCAAGAUCCAACGCUGCCACUAGAGGGCAGUGUAUCCUCCACCAUUAAACAAAAUACAAAACAUUUGGACUUUUUGGAUAGUUCUUUUGAUUUUUUAAAGGGAUAAUUCCGACGUAAGUGUAAAUUCGGGUUUCGUCGCCAACAUAGGAACGUAACUCAUUCGUAACCCGGGGACUAACUGUAUGUUGACCCAUGUUCUCAUUGCAACAGCUACACUACUUAUGAACUAAGAAAUAUCUAAAAAGAACGUUAUUUAUGAAAGGUAAAUGAGGAAGGUAAAACCCACUUGAAAAUAUUAGAGAGGCCUGUAAUUGAUAACAUGGGUAAACCUCAACCAUGAGAAACAGAAUGUGGGGAAAAAACCCAGAAAAUCACAUUGUUUGAUUUUUAAAGAAUUUAUUUGCAAAUCAUGAUGGAAAAUAAGUAUUUUUGUCAAUACCAAAAGUUCAUCUCAAUACUUUGUUAUGUACCCUUUGUUGGCAAUAACGGAAGCCAAACGUUUUCUUUUACUCUUCACAAGCUAUUCACACACUGUUGCUGGUAUUUUGGCGCAGAUCUCCUCUAGUCCAGUGAUGUUUUGGAGCUGUCGUUGGGCAACACGGACUUUCAACUCCCUCCACAGAUUUUCUAUGGGGUUGAGAUCUGGAGACUGGCUAGGCCACUCCAGGACCUUGAAAUGCUUCUUACGAAGCCACGUCUUUGUUGCCCUGGCUGUGUGUUUGAGAUCAUUGUCAUGCUGAAAGACCCAGCCACAUCUCAUUUUCAAUGCUCUUGCUGAUGGAAGGAGAUUUUCACUCAAAUUCUCUCGAUACAUGGCCCCAUUCAUUCUUUCCUUUACACGGAUCAGUAGUCCUGGUCCCUUUGCAGAAAAACAGCCCCAAAGCAUGAUGUUUCCACCCCCUUGCUUCACAGUGGGUAUGGUGUUCUUCGGAUGCAAUUCAGUAUUCUUUCUCCUCCAAACACGAGAACCUGUGUUUCUACCAAAAAGUUCUAUUUUGGUUUCAUCUGACCAUAACACAUUCUCCCAGUCCUCUUCUGGAUCAUCCAAAUGCUCUCUAGCGAACCGCAGACGGGCCUGGACGUGUACUUUCUUCAGCAGGGGGACACGUCUGGCAGUGCGGGAUUUGAGUCCCUGGCGGCGCAUUGUGUUACUGAUAGUAGCCUUUGUUACUGUGGUCCCAGCUCUCUGUCGGUCAUUCACUAGGUCCCCCGUGUGGUUCUGGGAUUUUUGCUCACCGUUCUUGUUAUCAUUUUGACGCCACGGGGUGAGAUCUUGCAUGGAGCCCCAGAUCGAGGGAGAUUAUCAGUGGUCUUGUAUGUUUUCCAUUUUCUAAUAAUUGCUCCCACAGUUGAUUUCUUUACACCAAGCGGUUUACCUGUUGCAGAUUCAGUCUUCCCAGCCUGGUGCAGGUCUACAAUUUUGUCUCUGGUUUCCUUCGACAGCUCUUUGGUCCUGGCCAUAGUGGAGUUUGGCGUGUGACUGACUGAAGUUGUGGACAGGUGUCUUUUAUACCAAUAAUGAGUUAAAACAGGUGCCAUUAAUACAACUAACGAGUGGAACUUCUUUAGAAGAAGUUAAUACUUAUUUUCCACUCUAAUUUGGAUUUUUUUUUUUUUUUUUUUAAUCAAACAAGGUGAUUUUCUGUUUUUUUCCCCCACAUUCUGUCUCUCAUGGUUGAGGUUUUACCCAUGUUGACAAUUACAGGCCUCUCUAAUCUUUUCAAGUAGGAGAACUUGCACAAUUGGUGGUUGACUAUAUACUUAUUUGCCCCACUGUAUAUCUGAUUUAAUGUUAUUUCAUAACUUAAAUCAUUGGUUGCCAUUGACGGUAAUUGACGUUUGGAUAUCUACUAGUGACCAAAAUGAAAAAAAAAAACAAAAAAAAAACAAUUAGCAUCAGAGGGUUAACAAUUCCCACUCCAAAUGGAUUGGACGUCUAUUGCAGUCAAUGGCACUGAUACAUGAUCAUUCAAAGCUAGACAUCCCAGUUAAAAACAAAUGUCGUUCAUAUGAAUAUAUAAGGGAAACCCUUUCUUAAGCUUUGUUGGUGUUUGACAAACAGCUUGAAAUGUGCGAGACCGCCCCCUGCAGGACAGGUGUUGGACAAUGCUGAAAGCGUACGAUUUAAAGCAAACGGGGCGAAGACUCGCCAAAUUUGUGAAAGUGAACCAUGAGACUCCACUAAACUUUGUUGCACAUAUUUGUAAUGCUCAUCUUUUUGUUUACACUAGAAUGCUUUGAACGUGUAGCACUUAUGUGUUGUAGGAUUUUUUUCUUUCUUAGGAAAAAAGAUGACUUGGAUUUGAAAUGUUCUUUGAAAGUCCCUUGAAGUGAAAAUAAACAUGUUAACAACUGCGGUAACUAAAUGAGGCUUCCAAGAUUCUGACAAAUGUGGUGUAUUUUUUCCCCCCCAAUCCCCACACCCUCCUCGCUUGGCCAGCGAUCUGGAGGGGACCACAAAAAUCUUUUCACUAGCACCCCACUUACACACACCCUAUUCAAAUUCAAAGUCCUGCUACAAGUAUUCUUUACCUUGGUUCCUUUUAGAGCAACACUAGGUAACUUCAGUUUUGGUUGAUCAUAUACGCGGCCAUCAGUUGACAAGAAAACCUCCCCAGACUUGGUGCCACACCUUCCCUCUGGAGUAUUUAGGAGGCCAACCCAUAGAGCGUGACUUUCACUAUUCACUGUGAUAAACUCAAACACGCUGUGUUCUAACGCCGGAUUUAGGUGGAAAUAGGAAGGUUUUACUGCAUACAAGCAGGCAGUAGUGUCUCAAGAGUGAUUUGGUUGACGAUUCAAGGUAGCACCAUGCAUGCAUUUUGAAACAUUGUGAAUACAAUGAAAUGAAUGGGAAAAAAAUAGCUUUAUUAUAUUUAUUGAUAAAUAUUUACAUAAAAAGAAUGUUAC